UGGGGGGCAUCAAAGAGGUCCAGAGUUACUUGGCUGUGCUUUAGCUCCAUAGUGCCCCCUAGUGUCUUUCCUCUUUUGCCCUGGGGACCCAGGUGUCCUAUCCUCUCCUCCCCCUUCCCCUUGGGAAGCAGGAGAACCAGAUGGGCUAUUGCGCAAGGUCUCUGCCUGCUGUUUACCUCCCGCCGGGGCCUCCUCCCUCUCUAUAAAGUCUGUGCGGCGCGGGGGAGACGCGGAGAGACAGAAACUGAGGCUGUCGAAGAGAGGAAGACGGAUCAAAAGAGAUCCAGAACGGAGGGAAAGAGAAGCCCAGAAGUUAAGGGGGCAGAGGAGGAGAAAUAGAUUUCGUAUUGCGGUGGGGUGGGGAGAAAGAGAUAGAGUAAGGGAACCCACUGUGGGGGUCGAAAGAGCAUCAGGUGGACCCUUGCCACAUCUCCCCAUGGAGGUUUCGGAGUUGGGUCCCGGUCUGGUGGAGCGUUUGGAACAACUGUCGACUUGUCCGCUGUGUGGGGGCCCCUUCCAGGACCCCGUGCUUCUAGCAUGCGAGCACAGUUUCUGUCGCGCGUGCCUGGCCCGCCGCUGGGGCGCCCCUCCAGGGCCCGGUGACACUGACACGGCGCCUCCCACGGUUUGCCCCUGCUGCAGUCUCCCGUGCCCUCGCCGCAGCCUGCGGUCGAACGUGCGCCUGGCAGUGGAGGUGCGGAUCAGUCGCGGGCUGCGGGAGAAGCUGGCAGAGCCCGGGGCUCGGACCGGGAGGCGCCGUGGGGGACGCAUCCCUACCAUGGGCUGUCAGGAUCCGCACGGAGAGGAUGUGAGGAAGACGUGGAGAAGACUUGAUGCCACAAAGCCCAAACCAGAGGAAUCAGAUGAGGACAUCCCAGAAGAUUAUCCUGUGGUCAAAAACAUGCUCCACAGACUCACAGCGGACUUGACUCUGGACCCUAGCACUGCACACCGUCGCCUCCUUGUGUCCCCGGAUGGUCGAAGCGUCUGUCUAGCCCCACCUGGGACACCCGUACCACCAGAUGGACCAGCCCGCUUCGACCAGCUCCCUGCUGUGCUGGGCGCGCAAGGCUUCAGAGCUGGACGGCAUUGCUGGGAAGUGGAGACAGCUGGCGGAACCUCUUCCGGGGAGUCCUCGGGUGAAGAAGACGACAGAGAGAGCCGCUACGCCGUCGGUGCGGCUGGAGAAUCUGUGAGGCGCAAAGGCCGCGUGGGGUUGUGUCCCGCGGGGGCCGUGUGGGCUGUGGAAGGCCGUGGGGGCAGGUUAUGGGCACUGACAGCCCCAGAGCCUACGCCCUUGGGGGGCGGAAGACCCCCGCCAAGGAGAAUUCGCGUAGACUUGGACUGGGAAAGGGGCCGAGUGGCUUUCUAUGACGGCCGUUCCCUUGACCUGCUUUUCGCCUUCCAGGCAUCCGGGUCCCUCGGGGAGCGUGUCUUUCCGUUGCUCUGCACCCGGGACCCGCGGACCCCACUCCGCAUAGUACCAGCUGACGGCUGAGCCCCCCACCCUGCACUUUUACUAAGGGAUUCCGCGCUCCUCAGUAACCACUUGGAGACUCCAGCUCACCUGGAUUCGCGUUGCCUACUCCCAAGAAGUUCCUAACUCCCUCCCGGCCAAUUUCAGAUCAAGUCUGUAUAGCUGGAUUUGGAAAUCUGAGAUCCAUUUCCCCCCAAAUCUCAAAGCUUCCUUAGAAUUCUAAUAUGCUAUAUUUCUACGAGUGAAGUACUUUCUAAAUAAACCUACAAACCCACUCUCUUCCUACAUCCCCUAGACCACUCUAACUCCACCCACAACUUCCACAAUCGGGAACGUUCCUGUACUUAUCUUGCCUCCUCCUAAGCCCCGCCCAGCCGGGGAAACCCGCCUUCUCAGCAGGUCCCCAGGACUUUUCACUCUUCUAUUCCUUUUCCUAGAAAGUAUAAAAGGUACUGUUUUUUCCCAAUUGUUUUCAAGACCCUUUUCCUGAGGUCGGUUAUUACUUGCCGCCGCCUUCUGAUGAGUAAUUUGUACCCUGCAGCAACCUAUAAGGUCUACCAUCCAAGUUUCUCUGACCUUACCCAUUUGAGGAUAAAGCUCUUUUACUCACAGCCUCCCUUUUCUCUGAGGUCUGGCUUGAUGCCAUGCAAGCCCUCUCCUACAUUCUUCCCACUUCCCAUUCAGGAUGAGGUGCAUGGUACUACCUCUCCCCACUUUGGGGGUUCUGGGCACAGCCCAAACUAACCCUCUUGUAAAUACUCCCUUUACUAUAUAAUUGGCCCCAUAUUUAACACAUUCUGUGAUGUUGGGUUAUUUAUUUUGAGAACCUGUAGCAAUAAAUGAAAUCUCAGUGAA